AUGUCGACACCGACCACGGCUACAGCGACAUUACCUCCUCACUCCCAUUACCAUCAUCCCCAUUAUCCUUACUCACACCAGUCGUACCAAGCGUCAACCGCCACCGGCUCUUCCUACCGUCAGCCAGCGAACCCAAUCCUCCCCACUUCUUCGUCCACGGCGACGACGAGAUUGCCUCCCGCCUAUUCGAACCACUCGAGCGUGCCAUACGCGACUUCUUCGUCUGCAAGUCACGCCGGUUCAAAUGGCCUAGGCCUUUCAGCCUCGUCUGCCACUUCGAGGAUCAUCCACGACGCUUCGAGUCCGGACGCGAAUUACUCGGUCACUGCAAUGCCUGCCUCUCAUGCCCAGUCUUCCCAGUCCUCCUCCGGUCGCAAGCGAAGACGAUCGAAGGGCCCCGAUUGGAACAAAUUCUAUGAGAACGGCCUGCCCAGGGAAGUCAUCGUCAUUGACGACACACCCGAGCCCGAACAAGGCAAAGCAACCGGCAACGGUGUAAGGGUCGUGUCCAACGGCACUGCCAAUGGCAUCACCACCAAUGGUGCAUCGAGCACCCGUCCCGUCCCCAAAAAGAGAAAGCGAGACGAUGAGCCCCCGUACGAUCCGGUCUACCACAACAAGUACGCCGGCUCUCACACAAGCACUCCUCGCCAGAACGGCACUCCCAACGGAUCCACCAUUUCUAGCGAUCGGACGACGAGCUCCGGGGUUCACACAACCGCUCCCACAUCCCUUUCUGCCAACGGUCAGGACUACUAUGACGCACAGCCGGGUCAGAAGCGGAAGCGAACUCGACAGCAGAUCGCUCAAGAGGCAAAGAAGCGAGAAGUCGAACUCGCAGAUCCCUUCCCGACGUACAAGCCUCCUCCUUUCCCUCCCAAGAAGGCGCCAGAAGUGAACGUUAAGGUCGUUCAUGAUCACGUCUACAACAAGAACGCCAAGGUCGACGACGAUGAUGGGCAUUACAUUGUUGUCCCUGAUGCCGACUUGACCGACAGAUACCAAAUGGUAAAACUGCUUGGUCAGGGCACUUUCGGUAAAGUCGUUCAGGCUCGAGACCGCAGAAGAAACAAAGCAGUCGCCAUCAAAAUCAUUCGCUCGGUGCAAAAGUACCGAGAUGCCUCGAGAAUAGAGCUCAAGGUCUUGGAAACACUCAGACAAAACGACAGCGAGAACCGCAAUCGUUGUAUCCACUUGAAGGACUGUUUCGACUACAGGGGCCACAUCUGCAUCGUCAUGGACCUCCUUGGACAGAGCGUUUUCGAUUUCCUGAAGAGCAAUCAAUUUGUCCCUUUCCCUAACAGCCAAAUCCAAAGUUUUGCUCGUCAACUCUUCACCAGCGUGGCCUUCCUCCACGAUCUCAACCUCAUCCACACGGAUUUGAAGCCGGAAAACAUCCUGCUUUGCGACAGUGCUUACCAGACAUUCACCUACAACCGAAAGAUACCCUCGUCAUCCCAGACUGUCAACCGCAACGCGACCCAGCGCCGAGUCUUGCUCGACACCGAGAUUCGAUUGAUUGACUUCGGCUCGGCCACCUUCCAAGAUGAGUACCACAGCUCCGUGGUAUCUACUCGGCACUACAGGGCGCCAGAGAUCAUCCUGGGGCUUGGUUGGUCAUUCCCUUGCGACAUUUGGAGCAUUGGCUGUAUCCUCGUGGAAUUCUUCACCGGCGAUGCCCUCUUCCAGACACACGAUAAUCUCGAGCAUCUGGCAAUGAUGGAGAUGGUUGUUGGCCACAGGAUUGACUCUACGCUUGUUCAGGCUGUCAAUAAGAUGGCCACAAGAAGCGGCGGAAACCCGGCCUCCAAGUACUUCAAGCGGCUCAAGCUCGACUAUCCCACUGCAGAGACAACACGCGCAUCCAAAAGAUUUGUAAAGGCCAUGAAGCGCCUCGAGGAUAUUAUCCCUUCGAACACGACCUACUUCAAGAACUUCUUGGACCUUCUCAGGAAGAUUUUCGUUUACGAUCCUUCACAACGCAUCACGGCGAAGCAAGCGUUGCAGCACCCCUGGUUUAAGGAGCCGGCGACGCCAGACGAUGGUACUGAGGCUGCCAAGAUUCGGCUGGAGCGGAUGAGAUCCGAAGAGUCUCACAGGACACACACAUGA